AUGGAAUCUUCCGAUCUUGAUUUUGAGAUCAUUCAGGAAACACGUCCAACGUCCUUUUCCGCAGCCAGAGAUGAACGACCAACAAAGGAUGUCUCUCACCUGAGAGGUAUAGUAGACAUGGGGAGCAAUGGAAUCCGGUUUUCAGUCACAGAUCUAUCCCCGCCGUUUUCUCGUAUCCUCCCAACAAUCCAUGUUUACCGUGUUGAUAUCUCACUCUAUGAUGCCCAAUUUGACCCAGACACGGGCAAAAAGGUGCCAAUUCCUUCCAGUAUCAUUGGUGAGGUUAUCGCUGCAUUGAAUCGCUUCAAGAUUGUCUGCGCCGACCUUGAUGUUCCAGAACGUCAGAUUCAUGUGGUUGCCACGGAAGCAACUCGUGCUGCUCUCAAUUCUUCUGAAUUUAUCACAAAGAUCUAUCAAGAUACUGGGCUUUCUGUUGACUUGCUCCCCAAAGAAGACGAAGGUCGCAUCGGCUCUUUGGGUGUUGCAAGUGGCUUCUCUGACAUCAAGGGACUAAUGAUGGACCUCGGAGGUGGAAGCACACAAAUUACUUGGAUCAUUUCACAGGAUGGGAAUGUCAGAAUCAGCGAUCGAGGGUCCAUCAGCUUUCCAUAUGGGGCAGCAGCAUUAACUAAGACUCUGGAGGACUUGAAAAGGGGAAAGUCAAAAGAAGAAGCAGAAAAAGCCCGGGAGAGACUACAUGAUGAGAUGAAGAGCAAUUUCCAAGAUGCAUAUCAGAAGUUGAAGGUGCCGGAGAGCUUAGUAGCUGAAGCGAAGGCAAACGGUGGAUUUCCACUAUACCUGUCCGGCGGCGGGUUCAGAGGCUGGGGUUACUUGCUGCUGUCUAUCAGUCAGACCAGCAGUGUCCCUUACCCCAUAUCAAUCAUCAAUGGUUAUACGGUAGGUAAAGAAAGAUUUGAGAACACAAAAGCCCUGGAAGAAGUUGCUCGUACUGCACAUUCUAUCUUUAGGGUUUCCGACCGGAGAAGAAAGCAAGUUCCUGCUGUGGCCUUUCUGAUCAACGUUUUGUCUAAUGCGAUUCCCCAUGGUAUUCGUCUUGCGCACUUUUGUCAAGGUGGCGUGCGAGAAGGCCUUUUGUUCAAAGAGCUUGGGCCUAGUAUCAGAGCUCAAGACCCCCUGGAGGUUACUACACAGCGAGUCGCCCCGGAGUCGGCAGAGCUACUGUACAGACUUCUCGUGCUUUCUAUCCCGGAGCCUUCAAAGGGAGGAACUCGCCGAUUCCCAGAGUCCAUCAACAAGCAUAUUCUACGCGCAUUUGCAAACACUAUGUAUGUUCACACCAUCAUGGACAAGGAGUUAGCCUCCACAACCGCAAUGUACAGCACAAGCACCGGCCUUCUCGCCUAUACCCGUGGGGUGUCUCAUCAAGAUCGGGCAAGACUUGCCCUGAUGUUGGAGUCACGUUACAUGGGAGAACUGCCCCCACGAGAGUCACAAUUCAAGAAGGCGCUCCAAUCCAUAAUUACUCCUGAGGAGGUUUGGUGGGCUUCGUAUCUUGGGAGAGUCGGAUAUUUGCUCGGCCGCCUCUAUCCAGCGGGAAAGGUAGAUGAGAGAAAGCCACGUGUUAUUUUCUCGUCACAAUGGGCAUGGGACUUGGGACAUAAAAAGCAUGGAGAGGGGUUGCAGCUAACAAUUUCUAUUCAGAAGAUGAAGGACGAUCCUGCGAAAUUGAAAGAGGCAUUGAGUGAUCACGUGAACAUCGUGGAAAAAAUUGGUAAGAAGAAGAAUUGGGUCGGAGGACCGGAUGGUUGGGGGAUGAAAGUGAACGUCAAGGUUGUGGAGGAGGAUAUCUUGUAG